GGAGGGGUUUAACCGGUGGUAGCGGACAGGGGGCGGAGGCUCCGUCUCUUCUGACCGACUCUGCUGCGCUGUCUCCGGCUUCUCGACUCUUCACUGACCCGGUGAAAGUUCCUCCUCCGCUGCAGACAUGGCUCCCAGCGCGCAGCUGAAGGAGGCGAUGGCCGACAUGCACGAGGGUCUGUCUGCAGGUUCUGUUGGAGAACGAUCGCAUGGAGAACAUAUUCAGUGACGUGAUCUACAGCCAGUUCACCACCGAGUUCACCAAGAUCCUCCAACGUCUCAGACCCUCGGUCACAGCCGCUGGUUACGUCCAGUUGGGGGCGUACCCCCCCAUCGUCCUCCUCAACACCCUGCUCUUCUUCUGCUGCGAGGACUUUGGCUUCACCACGGUGGAGCAGCACCGCCAGCUGUCCUUCACCCAGCUCACCUGCUGCACCAGAACCAACCUGAACCACACCCGGACCACUUCCCUGCGCUUCUACCGCCCAUAUCCACGACUGAAGCUCCGCCAGACGGAGUUCCCGCUACAAACCGUCAUAAAGAUAACGUGGAGAAUUCCCUGGAGAUGAUGGAGAAUGUUAGGAUUUUAAUAACAUAAUUAGACACUAUAGCCCCGAAAAGGAUCGAUUUUACGCGCACCAUGUUUGUACCUUAACAGAAAGAAUUAAUGUGUGUGUGUCUGUGAA